AUGUUAUUAAAAGAGAGAGGCUAUUAUUGGAGCAAUGGCUCUUUUUAUUAUGGAUAAUGGUUGGAUAAUAAAAUAAAUGGAGUUGGGUUAUUCAUUAAUAAUGAUUAUAUUAUAGUUGGUCAAUUUAGCAAUGGACUUUUGUAAGGAUAUUGCUAACUUAUUUAUUCUAAUAAGUUUAAGUAUUGCAAAUAUGAGAAUGGUUAACAAAUAGGAUUAAUAAAGUAUGAAUACUUUAAUGGAGAAACAAUUGUGGACAAUACUUAGAAAUAGGAUUAAGAAGAAUUAGACAUUAUAAAUAAAUUAAAUAGUUCCUACUUUGUAAUGAUAUUAAAUAAACUAGUUAAUAUUGUUAAAAACAUAACUCAAGAAUUGGAAAUUAAUCGAUGAAACACAACUUUUCUUUAGCACUCUUAUAAAUUAAAAUGAAAAUAGAAGAAUUGGAGUAUUAUAUGAUAUCAAAUAAAAUAAAUUUGAAUUUGGUUACUUUCUCAACUAAGAAUUAGAUGGUAAGGGAGGCAUCAUUUUUGAGUCAGGAGACAAAUAUAUCGGAGAUUUCAAAAAUGGAUAAUUAAAUGGAAUUGGAAUUUUCUUUAAUAAAUCUGAAAAUCAAUACACUUAGAGUCGAUUCAAUAAUAACGAGAUAGUUGAAAUUAUUAAAUAGUCAAAGGAUCCAAUUUCAUUAAGAAAUUAAUGGCAUUAAAUUGCUUUACCAGAAUUGAUAUGCAAAAAUCAAUUCACCCCAAUAAAGUAAACUAAUUACUACUCGACGAAAAAUUUCAGUAGUAAAUUAUCAAAAUCCAUCAGUCCCAUGAGACCUACAAUAUCAGUUAAAAAAUAAGCUAUGUAUUCUUAGAUUAAAAAUUAUCCAAAUAUGGAAUACAAGUUUGGUUCAAUACAAAGUCAUUUUGGAAAAGAUGAUUUGAACAUAAUAAAGCCGUAUAGGAGCAAAUAAAUAAAUAGUUAUAUAAAGUAGAGUAUGAGGGUUGACGAUUAAAGUAUUAGAUAAUUACAUUAAUAACUAUUUGAUGAUGAGUAAAAUAAAUUUAAGUUAUUUCAUAAUUGA